ACCAGUGAUCCAGUGUUGCAUGUUACUCUUCUUGGUGGUGAGUGGAGUUCAUCUGCUGGUGGGUUGUCAACAAUAAACAGAGAGCUUGCUAUUCACCUUUCAAAUCAUUCAGCGCUGAAAGUUUCUUUGUUAGUCCCCGAGGGAGCUUGCAAUCAUGAAGAAAAAAAUGAAGCGCAUACCUAUGGAAUCACUAUUGUUGAGGCGAAGAGACUUGCAGCAUUUGAUCGUCUUCUCUGGUUAAGCUCACCACCCAAGGAUCAUGUUAUGCACAUCGUUGUUGGUCAUGGUGUAAAACUUGGUCGGCAAGUUCAAUUCAUUAGAGACUCUGCUCAAUUUCCAAAUUGUAAGUGGGUACAAGUGGUGCACACUGCUCCAGAGGACUUAAGCAAGUACAAAUGCUACAGUGACCCCAUUUCAAAAGGUGAAACAAAACACGAAUCAGAAGUUGAACUUUGCAAACUUGCUGACCUUGUUGUGCCCGUGGGACCCAAACUGAAAGAAGCAUACACUUCAUAUUUACAGCGAUGCAAGACAGAUCAAGACGUUUUAUCUAUUACUCCAGGCCUUUUUCAAAGGGAGUUUGGGGAUUUAGUUGCAAAACAAGAUCCUAACGAGGAUGGUGAAUUCAAGGUGUUGCUAUUUGGUCGUGGGGAUGAUGAGGACUUUGAACUCAAAGGAUACAACAUUGCUGCUCAAGCAUUUACUGAUCAGCGGUUAAAAAACAAACCCUAUCAUCUAAUCUUUGUCGGAGCACCUGAAGGAAAACAAGAGGAAGUUAGAGAAAAACUUCUUCAUCAUGGCAUUGCAGAAGCACAGUUGACUGUUAGAAAAUUUAUACAAAGUAGAGAGAGACUGAAAGAUCUGUUGUGUGAAGCUGACCUUGCCAUUAUGCCAUCAAAAUCAGAGGGAUUUGGACUUGUUGCCCUUGAAUCCCUAUCUGCAGGCCUACCCAUUCUUGUUGGUAGUAAGUCGGGAUUUGCCAAAGCAUUAGAGAAUGUUCUUCAUGGUUAUUCAUGCAUUGUAAAUUCAGAUGAUCCUACAAAAUGGGCAGAAGCAAUUGAAGCUGUUCGUGUCAGGCAUCGAAUGCGCCUUGAAGAGAUUAAAGCACUUAAAGCAUCUUAUGGAGAGAUGUACAGUUGGGAGGAACAAUGCGAAGCUCUCGUGGAGAGAAUGUGGAAAAUGGUCCAUGGUGAGAGGUUUCGCUGUAAAAGGAGUAAAUGACAAAGCAAAAUGAUGAAUAUGAGUAAUACAGUCGACUCCCGAUAACUCGAACCCUCGCUAACUCGAACCAAAAUCGAUUUCGCCUGGAUUUCCGUCUUACAUUCACUGUAAUUUUACCCUCGGUAACUCGAACGCUCGAUAACUCGAACUCCCGCUAACUCGAACCAAUUUUCGUUUACCGUCAUUUCAUUUUCUAUAUAAUUUUACCCUCGAAAACUCGAACCAUGUUUUGAGCCCUUAAAAAAAGUCGGGAAAAAUGCCGUUUACUGGCGUCCGAAACAUUGAAUUUUGGCUUUCCUAUUGACGUGUUGUAGGAGUAUAGUUUACCAGUGGAGGCUAAUGUUGAUUGUCACAGCCUAACGUGAAGCAGCUUUUCUUCUCAAAACAGUAAAACGCAUGCUCUAUUUAGGCUAUGUUUUGUUACGUUAAGUUGUGAUUCAUAAUCUAAAACUAUCUUUUCAUUUUCACUUGACAUUUCUACAAUGAAAUGUGAUUAAAAUGUUCACUGUGCAGUGAAAACUCUUUUUUACCUUACUCUCGGCUAUUUUCUUCGAACUCCCGAUUACCCGAAACUCUUUGCGAUUUCCCUGGAAGGUUCGAGUUAUCGGGAGUCGACUGUAGUUACAAAAUGCUAUUGACCUGUUCCUAGGAAAAAGCCCAUAAGGCAUGAGAAAAGUACUGUACACAUGCAGUUUUGACUUUUACCUACAUGUUGAGAACAUAUUUUAAUUAUUGUAAUUGGGCACUGCACAAUCAGCUUUCCUGAAAUAUUUUAGAUGUUUAUGGUAUUCUUGGCUCGAUUGGCAGCGAUUACUUACCGAGUGAUUUUGUUUUUUCCGGUAAUUUCCUAUUCUAGUAGUGUUGAUGUAAAGAAGUUAACUGUGACUGCAGUCUUUGACUGUUAUAAAAAAUUACACACCCUUUUGAAGUAAAUAAUUCAUUCAUAGUAGGCAUUAACAGUAGUAUUACAGCAUGGACCGAGUGGAAAAUGUGUUUGACCAUUUGAGGUACUGUGUGUAAAUUAAAAUAAGUGAUAAAUGUGAAUGUCCUAUCAUGAAAAAUAUAGAUAGCUGAAGCAGUACAAAGUAAACAGUCCACUGGAUAGGGCAAUGAUAUGCAAUCCUAACGCACUUUCCAUCGCAGCACACCAAGUAGAUAUUUUGUAUUUAAUAGUUUUCUAUAAAUACAACUCUACACGCUAUUAACUUUCUCUUCAGCGCAAAGGGACCUUCGUUGUUUUCCCCUCACAAUGAAACUAUAACGUUAUAACCAACCAACAGGGUCUGAAAAUGGCAACAAGCCAAGAAAUGAAGAAACUUUCCGUGCCGAGAAGAGAGCUCAUUUUGCGGCAGGAAGUCAACCUAAAAGUGGCUGUAAGCUUAUUCCAGGUAUGGAAAAACAUUAUCCGCUUCCUCUUGCUUAUGGCUUCUGGUAUGAGCGAAGGUUGGGGUGAGAGGUCCCUUUUUGGUCACUGAGGAGUGUCUACCGUAUAAUUUGUAGUAGUGAAAAAACCAUACUGCCCACUCACUGAACGUGAACAGACUGUAUUUAUGUGUCACAUCUUCUAAGUUGACUAAAAGUAGCUUACUAACCGACGUACUGUAAUGUUAUUUGAAUCAGUUCAGCAUUUUACUUAGUGUGGCAAGAAAAUACACAAAAAGAGAACUUAUUAGGAUUCUGCCUACAUGUUGACAUUUCUCAGUAGGUUUAUCUUUACCUCCAGACAUUGGUACCAUGAAGGCAUCGUUAUCCAGACCUGAGUAAAGAGUACAGCAGGACAUAAUAAUUCGUUAAAUUUUAAACAAGACAAAUACAAUUUUGCACUAAAUAUUGCACGCUUUCAACUGCCGACGGAAUGUCUGCUCUGAUUAAACAUAUACAGGAUACGUACAACUUGGACUUGAAAUCUGUGGGUAUCAGAUUUCUUGAAAUUAAAUUUCAGCAUCCCUCCCUCGAGAGGAUAGAGGACUAUCGAUCUGGUCACCUUAAUGACAUUGCUGAGAGAUACCAUGUGUCUCAGACGAGAACAAAAGUGUGCAAGUCUUUAACAGAACUGCUACCCUUUAUACCACUCAUAUUUAACAAUUUGCUAGUGAAUGACUCAAAUCUGGGAACCCGGUUAAUACACAAACUAAGUAGACUAAAAUAAGUUUUGUCAACAUUUUUAUUUAGUUUCUUAAAUAAAAGGCUUAUCGUUUCUCGGCGACUUACUUUUUGUUUUCAGAUAUAAUUACCAAGCACUGUUUUCAAGAACUGAAUGAUGAACAGAGUAAAAUAGUCCGUGAAACUCUAGAACGACAAAUUCAAGUGUACAUCCGAUUUCGUAACAUUUCAACCGCCGAGGGGGUGUCUGGCCUGAUAGAACAUAUACAGGAGACGUACAACCUGGCGUUGAAAUCUGUGGGCGUAGGAUCUCUAGAAAUAACAUUUCAGUGCCCCUCCCUGGAGAGUCUUGAACGUUUGUGGAGUGAUUAUCAGUCUGGUCACCUUAAUGACGUUGCUGAGAGAUACCUUGUGACAGAUGACAUAAAGAAGAAACUGGACUUGAAGAAUGUCAGGUUGAAGACAACGAUUGAAGAUGAAAACUACCGGAUUUGCAAGAAUAUUUUAAUGGAAAAAUCAUGUGAGUUUGGAAGCUCUUUGUAAGCUAUUGACUGUCUGCAGUUUAGGCUCAAACAAUUGAAAGCUGAAAUCGAAUCCAAAAAAAGUGAUUAAUACCGUUUGCUUACGUUCGGCCAACAUUGACUGGUUAUCUUUUCUGGUGCAAACCUAUUACGUUGCUCCUUGUUUCUUACGACAUUGUUACAUUUUCACUGCAGCAAUCGUGGUACAUUAUGUAACGAUGGUCAGCUUAUCGAGCGCAUAUAGUUACUUUCCUAAAAACGUUUUCGCAAACAGACCAAAAAAAUGAUAGUGCAUUAAAACAAUUAAUCGACAUCAAUAAGCUUUUCAUAACAGAAGUAAAAUAGAUAUAUCGUGGUCAUUAAAUGAGUAGUAUUUAAAGGUGUCUCUUUGUUGAAGUUUUACUGUUUACAAGCAGUGCAGUAAUUCAUCAGCCUGUGUACAGCCCCCGUCUCCUCAGGAAAAAAUUGGAGCUUUCCUGAUUUUUUCCUGAGGGUAGAGGGUGGCUGUACACAGGCUAUAAAUUUAUUUUCGUGGACAGUACACUCACAACAGAUGAACUUAAUGCAUAUUUGUUAUCUCAUUCCCUGUUAGCAGUAAGCAGUGACUUUUCUCCUUCAACUGAAUCAGAUCAAGAAGCAGCUUUACUAGCGGCUGACACAAGCUCAGAUGUUUCUAAGGUAGGCCGCUUUGUACUUGUGAUUAAACAUGAAACAGGUGAAGAUCAAGAUGAAAAAGAAAUCAUGCGAGGGGCGAGUCCAGGCCGUUUCUUAAACAACAGUUACAUAAGUCAGCUGAUGAAGAGAUUUCGGUCGGUCCUUGAUUUAAGUGCAUUGUGUGGGGUCGCACUCGGCAUUUUAAUGACUGUCCAGUCAAUCCUGUAGAAACAAUAACUUUUAAUUAGUUGGAAUUCAGUGUACGUUGAUAUUAUGACAAGAUUAAUUUAGAGGCAAGUAGUUGCGUUCGACGUUAGGAGAACGCUUCGUAAUCUUUGGGGAUCCUGUGGUCGAUGGGAUACCUGUGCAUGCCAGGCGUGAAGAUUCGAGAUUUUUGGUUACUUGGACGGGCGAUGUUCAAAAUCUGCGCCAUUUUGAAUAAUUAUUAAGCGCGCGCACGAAUUUUAAGCCCAAUAGCCGGCCAAAGAAAUUGCGGGCUCACCUGGUGGACAUGCGCACACAACUAUUUUUUACGUCAUAAGCAAUUGUCAUAUGGCAAUCACGUGCAUCACUGGUUCCAUCAAGGUCAACUAGAUGAUUACACGGGAAUAUUUGAGUUCGGCAAAAGAAUGAACUUUGGAGUUGUUUUCUAAGCGGGUUUUAUCACUGAGCUGAUGAUUCUGCUAAACUUUUCGGUCAAUGCCGUUCAAAUCGAGCUGGAACUUCGUAGAAACACACAAAUAAAGACCAGGUAACAUUUGUGCCGUGAGAAGUUUACCCGUGCGUUUGAGUCUAUUUACAUAUUUGUAGUUUAACCUCUUUCAUGCACGAAAAAGUAAGCUUGAGCGUAUCAGUGCAGUUUGUUACAACUGUAAUGCUUUAUUCACGUCUGAUAUCUCUACGCGGGUAAUUUUGCAUGAUAAGUAUCUCGCUCGCUGAAGUAAGCUAAGUUUAAAACAUGUUGAACUGACCUACAUGAACGUAAAAUAAUCAUGAGAUGAAAAGUUUGCACAAUGGCAAAAGAUUCUGUCCGGUUCUCUGACAUCAGUAAUCUAGCAGAAACCUAAUAUGUUUCCGUCGCUCCUAUGAUCAUUGAUUUCACUUCAAGUUGUGUCACGCAAGAAGCCAAGACUUUUAACCUUCAAGGCUACCAUUUUUUCGAAGUUUGUAGUGACAUGUUUAUCUUUUUAACAACAAAGAACUUUUUACGAUCUACUUUACAUUUUUAUCGACCAUGCUUGAGGGAGAGUAAGACAUUUUAAGAGUAGAGAGUUAAUGAGUGAGAUAUUUUGAAGCCGUAUACGCGAAGAACAUUUUUUACGAAAAGAAUGUUUACCUUUUAAUUCAUGAUCUCUUCCAUGAUUUUGAAAUCAAGCUUGACGACACAAAAGCUAAUCUGGAGCUAAGAAAACUCGAACGCACUUAUUGAUCUAUGAUUACUACUAGUAUAGUCUUCUUAAAGUGUCUCGACCCAGUUAUUUUGUGAGGGUACCAUCCUACUUUGAAGCUCUCUGGUAUUCCCACCUUUACUUUUAUCGCAAGUCUAACACAUAGAAUGGAUAACAUAUAGAUCAAUCUACAAUAUAACAUAAAAUUUUUGGCGAUCGGAGUGAAUGUCACUUGGUUAUAGUGCCACGCCUCUUUGGGGUCUUAGUCGAAAUUGUGCUGUUGCCGGCAUUUUUUCUUGAAAACAUGUAGUUCGCAUUAGUACCUUGCGUUGACCAGAGUUUCACCAAAAUCACAAAGACCCAAUGCGAGAAAUUCAGCUGUUUCCAAAUUUAGGUCAUAAUUUAUGUGAAAAUGAUAAGCAAACUUUACACGAUUAUAUCUAAUAAACUAUGAGAUUUAUUCCUUUAUUUUGAGGAUCUUUAUAACAGAUGGGUCCUUGUAAGUCAGCAAAAAGCUUUAGGGCCUUGCAAAUGCGCGCGAUUUCGAGAAAUGCAAACAUAUAGAAAUUAUAGUUUUAGCUAUUUGUUGACGUUUGUCAGCGUUUAAGAGUCCUUCUCACGAAAAAAGCAUUUUCUUAAAAAACUCGUAGUUUUUUUUUCCUUAAAAUUUUUUCAGGGCCACAAUUGAUUAACUAACUACCCAGAUUCUGAAUUUCAUGGUCAUUGAAAAACUGUGACAUUAUCUUCUUAAAAACUGAUUUUUAUGCCACUCCUAUGUGUAAGGUGUGUGAAUACACUAAGAAAUGUUAUGGCAGUAAUAAGUGAAUCUUUCUUUUACAAAUUCAAGUGCUCCGCCAUAAAGAACUUUCAGUUUCAAUAAUCUGUUCAUGUUGUCCUUCAGCAGCAAAAUUGAAAAAUAUAAAACUGUUCUAGUGAGGCCAUAAACUGCUGUUUAAAAAGUAAAAUCCAAAAUCCAAGCUUUCGCCGAUCAACGGCAUCAUCGGGGAUGAGAAAAUGUUCUGCGCGCUAUAUUUAUGCGAAGUUCAAAAGGUGUAUGGUGAAAUGUGUAAAAGAUGUGACUUAUGUAUGAAAGCUAUAGAUAUAUACUGUGAAUGGAAUGCAACGCUCUAAUGACGGAAUGUGUCUAGACGAAGGACCUCUAAAAGUGCUUAAGAAUGGUCUGUAAAAUACUAAAAUAGAAGGUCUGCGAAUUCACUACAUUCCUCUCGCGGGAAUUGAGUGUAGGCGUGCUCUUUCUAGUGUAAAAUGCUUCAUAAAGGCGUAGAUUAGCGGGUCUGUUUUCGCUCAUAAUAACCUUGACCUCAAUGCCUUUGAGAUUCUGGCAGGAAUAUACUUUGAGUUUAUACCCAUUUUGUUUUGUUAUUCGUUCUAGAGUAAGAAGCAGGUCUUGACCCAUAUGGAGAGAGCUGAGAAGGCAAAAGUAAGUUUGUAAGUUUUCGUGGCAGGCAGAACAAGAAUCUUCAAAAGAUUGAUCCAUACGGUAGUUGGCUACUGCACUGAUCUCCUUCGCAAUUUCCUCGCAACGCUUUGGAUUUUUUCCGCUAAUUGAAGUGUCUUCUCGCAGAACAAUGGUAGGGAAAGUACCCCUUUGACUAGUAGCGGUUGAUACUGGGACUCGUCAACUUGAAAUUAUCUGGAAUUUGAACCAAACAACCUCAGACAAACAACUACGAAACAUCAAAUGCUUAGAGAUGAACAUUUUACGGUGAGAGAAUCGCCAAGCGUUUUCGUUUGCGCGUCUUGAGUUACACGGUACCAUAUGAGUUUAAUAUACUACAGCUUUUAAGUGGCAUAGGACAACGGUGGAGUAUGAAUAACGUUUGCCUGUUUAUCGAUCGCCUGAUGAACGAGUACAUUCAAGAUUGCGAUUAAAAAGCAGUGUCGUUGAAUGAAACAAAAAUAUGAAACGAGAUUCAGAUACCAAUCUGAACGAUCCAAGUACAAAAUCCGGAUUUAUAUUGGUGAAAUGGAGCACCGCAACUCAAGUGUAGUGUUCUCUCUUUGUCAAUUUAAGCAAAGCAAAAUACAUUUAAAAAACGUCACUUGCUAGAAGGAUUGAAAAUGGCAUAUUUUGACGACGUAAACAUAAAUCAACCAAGCAGAGUGCAGUAUUGAAUCCUUUUCUCUAGCACUGAUUUAGAUACAGACAGUAAAAUUAUUAGUACGGAGAUACAUUUACGCCGAGAUAGUUAGAUCCAGAAGACAGGGUGAACCAUUAUAACACAGUAGAUAACCCGGCGUUAGGUAUUUGGACUGAUGGAUUUGACUGUUAUCAACAGGAUUUUCAAGAGAGGGUGUACUCUUGGGAUUAAGUAAUCCUUUACAUAUAUAUUUACUCUGAUAAAAGUUAUAUUUUAAAAAAAUAGGCAGCGAGAGGCCUCCUACACAAGGCUGCAAUCAGUGGACAGUACGAGACGGUCAAAAUGCUUCUUGAAAGUGGCGAAGAUGUGGAUCAAAAUGAUCAGGUUUUUGUCUUCCGCGGUCUUUGUAAAUCUAAUGCUCGUCGAUUCUUUCAUUCGUUUCUUGCUUUUGUAGAUUACGAGUAGGCGCUUGUGUUUGGGUUUGCACCAUCUUUCCGGCUGGCGGCGAUUAGAAGCUAUAGCCUGCACGAAAGCCUUUGAGUAUAAUUGUAUUCCUUGCGUUCAUGAACGAACACAGCAUUCUGAUUGGCCGUUAGUGACAAAUCGUUGACUACAGGACAGGAAAACCACAAAAUUCUGUUUUAGCGCAUUUUCUUUAAAACAGACUUUUAACGGCUUUACUCUUUAUAAUCCAGUACUUGCUGACAGUCUCAGCACGUACUCGGGUUAGCUUUCAUUUUCUGUGUCUUUUUAAAAUAGGCACGAAAAGGUUCUCGGCAAGACUUCAGGCAAUUUUCUCCCAAAGUACUCCAUUCAUUAAACAAGAGUAAACCGUUUACCCCUAAAAUGCAGUAUUUUAGGCCAUUUUCUUUACCCGAGUGUUUUGCUUUCAAUGUCUGAUAGUGUUUCCUAUUAAAUUCAUGGGUAAAGAGCAAAAUAUUAAAGUUCUUGAUGUUAUAAAUGGUUUGAUCCCAUGAAUCCUGUCAUUAGUAUGUCGAGUAAGUGUAGCUCUGAACAGAACUGCUGACCAAACUGACAUUUUCACAACCUGUGCAGAAGUCAACAUAAGAGUCAAGGAAAAUUCUGAUAAUCCCUUCGACACAGGUUGUAGAAAACGUCAACUUCUGUCACCAACAGACCUAUAUUCGGUACUUCCCUCACCCACACGAUCAUAUUCAAACUAAUUUAAUAAUUUAUAUGUUGUAGUUAAUUUUUUUAUCUCAGGUAAUUGUUGGUUUUCUUUUGUCUAUAGUAAUGUAUGCUAAUGAAGUUGAAACAAAAGAAAAAUAAAAAUUACCUGAGAUAAAAAAUAUCAACUACAACAUAUACGAGUCUGUAACGUUGAAAAGUUAAGGGAACUUUGAACUUGGGGGGAAGUGACCCGCCGUGAACCGGUAAAGGUAAAAGUCCUUAGUUUACGUCUUCGCUCGAAAUAGACAUCUGACCAACAAACCUGAAGCCGACGGUGCGUUCAUUUACUCCUCCUCCCCCUCCCCCCAGCAGCAAUGUUCUGAACGUAAACAGAAAGCCUUGUUCCACCAAUUCCUAAUGGAAAGUGACCUGUAAACGUUGCAUUUGGGGCUCAGUUUUAAUGUUGCACUUUGGCUCCUCCUUGUAAAAUGAAGAAGAUAAAUUAGUCCAAUAAUAGCCUCUAGUUUUAUUUUAUGAAAGACCAUCAUUAUUGCUGGACAAACUGCCUGUUCUCACCCUUUUCCUAUUUCUUUAGUUUUCUUUGACUCCUCUUCAUCUUGCCUGUUGGUAUGGACAGGAAUCUAUUGUCAUACUGUUGUUAGAACAUGGCGCAAACGUCAAAGCUAAAGACAGGGUGAGAUAGUGAACCUUUUUUUACAGUAAACAAUAUAGUGCCGGGAGAGGAGUGAGGCAAGGGAAGUUAUUGUUGCAUGUGAAUCUCUUACGGUAAUGUAAAACCACACCGUGGACUAGUCGUCCCCGAACAGUGUGAGAGUGCUUUAACGUCCCGCAGAAUUUACCAUAUGUGCAAGAAUAGUGAGACGGAGCUUACGGUUUAUCGUCCUUAUCCGAGGCGACUAGAACGUAUUAAGGAGACGAAUGGCACAGCAUAUUUCAAAUAUUUCCUCCUACAGUUUCUGUAAACGAAGGUCCCUUAAGUGUCCGUUAAAUGCAGGUUUCGUUCUGUUUAGGAUAAUGAACAGUUCCUUAUUGCAAUACCUUAUGUAGACAUACCCCUAGUUAAGAUAUUUCUUCUUCGUAAAUAACAAGUGGUAAGUAACACGAAUUGCAUACUCUGCUUGUAAUGUUUUUAGUUUCAACGUACACCUCUGCAAAAAGCUGAACGUCAAGAACACCAUUCCAUAGUACAGUUGCUGUUGAAAAAUGAUCCUACGCCAAGUCUUCUUCAACCAGUAAGAUAUCAAACUACAUGUCCCCUAAUCCUUCUUGCCAACCUUGUCUUUCAGAUGAAAUUCGCUUACAUUUGUUAUAUUCUCUGUUGAUAAUGUUGAACGUUACAGUAUUACGUAUACAAUGUCGUAGGAGCUUUUAUCCUAGCUUAUAUCGCGAAGACCUUAUAUUGGUUCUUCUCUACACGAACGUGAUUUCCAAUCCCUCGGUUAUGAUCACAUGAAAGGACGAAAACUACAUCAUUGUUUCUGAGGUCCAUCUCAACUUAACAAGCAAAUCCUUACCCCCACCGUUACAGAAAGGGCAAGACAGUUACAUCCCCCUACCUUCAGAUUUUUUUUUUUUUUUUUUGCUGUGUUGCGGAAUUUGCUAAAACUUAAACUGAAAUGUAUUAUAAAGCCUGCGAUUAGCUUUUAAAUGUAAUCUAGAUAUCAUGGGGGUGACUGGCGCUGUGGGAGCCCAGUAGUUUCAUUCAAAUAACUACUCAUUAAUAGCCACCAUCUAAAUUGUGUUCUCCAAAAUUACCUGAAACGUUUGUUCGCAACCACCCUUUUGUUUCGAAUUCGCUGAUAGUGCCUACUCUUGGUACCUGCAGAAAACAAAAAAACUCGACAUUGUUUAGAAGGGUGGAGGAGGAAUCCAGACAGUCUUGUUUUCAAAACCUUUCCCCCAUCUGACAGCUAAAAAUUCUAACAUCAAUUUUGUCGCCAUUUGGAGCCAUUUUCAUACUUUUAGUCUUAAAGCGGUAUCAUUAAUGUCAAACUCAGAGAAGCUAGAGAAUUAGAAAUAUUUUGGAAAUGUUCAUUGUCUUAUGAUCAAUCCAAUUAAGGAUUAGUUAGCGAGCAGCAAACCACAAAAUAAUUACCGUUGCUGCAUGCAGCUCACUUCUCCCUCACUUUAUUGGCUUCUUUCCCCUUGACACAAUAACAUUCCAGAAAUAAUUUUGGUGUAGAUAAAUUUCCAGGAGCAACAAUAAUUAACUCUUUGACGGGCAAGCUUCUAUAUAAAUAUUAGCAUGUUCGCGGUUUCUGAAUUUGAUAGUAACAAUUUUAAACAAAAUGUAUGUUGUAACCAUAGCAACCAACCACCACAUUUUUUGUAGAUGUGUCCAUUUGCAUUAAGAGUAUAGUAAAGCCCGGUCAAUCUAUGAUCUGCAAUAAGAAUAGUGGGAAAGUAGUGCUAAAUGAAUUCCCUCUUUCUAAUUUUCGCUCAAAAACAUGGUCAUUUUCAUCAUAGGUCAGUCUAAAGGAACUCUCAAGAAAAGCUUUCUUGCAAGUGGAUGAACAAUCUGGAUUUAAUCUACUUCAGGCGGCUGUCUUAGAGGGAGAAUACAACAUUGUUUUAGAAGCUAGUGGCCUUCUUGUGAACUUCUUAGAAGAGAUGGAGUAUACAAAAACGGGAAAUAACGCCAAAGGAUUUUCCGGGAAAACUGCAGUUGACAUCUUAUCACUUGUGAAGGGAACAAAAUCAAAUCAUUAUAGUAUCGAACGACUUCAUAAAAAGUUGGCUGAGAACAACAGCAGACUGACUGAGCUGCAGUGGGGUACAUGCAAUGAUGAUGCGGAACAGGCUGUUGAACUUGUAUUAAAUGACGGAGUAGAUAUUAAUGCCUCAGGAUCAGACAAUGAUUGCACAACUUUGCAGCAGACGAGUCGUUCAUCCUCAAGUCAGUUUAUUGAGACCCUUAUUGAUCUUGGGGCCGACGUUGAUGCCCAAAGAAAAGAUGAUAAAGUUACACCUUUAAUAUUAGCAACUGAAUGGAGCAAUUACAUGGCAGCGUGCUUGCUUUUAAGGCAUGGAGCUAAUGUAGAUGUCCAGGGUGGCAAUGGGUUCACAGCACUGCACGUUUCAGUCAAUAAAGGUCACGAAAACCUCAUCAGGUUGUUACUUAAACACAAAGCGGAUGUAAAUAUUCAAGAUUAUAGUGGACAUACACCCCUGCACCGGUGUGUGACAGAAGAUAACGAAAACAUCGGUAGAUUAUUACUUGAACACAACGCGGAUGUAAAUAAACAAAAUCAAGAUGGAUGCACACCGUUGCACCUGUCAGUGAACAGUGGUUUCGAAAGCCUCGUGAGAUUGUUUCUUGAACUAAGCGCAGAUGUUGAUGUUCAAGAUAAAGAAGGCUACACAGCACUGCACCGUUCAGUCAAAAAGAAUAACGAAAACUUCGCCCGAUUAUUACUUAAACGCAACGCAAAUGCAAAUAUUAAAACUGCUAAUGGAUAUACGCCCCUUCACCAGUCAGUCUUUAAAGGUAGCGAAACCCUCGUUAGACUGUUACUUGAACACAAAGCGGAUGUAAAUAUUCAAGAUAAUAAUGGACAGACUCCCUUGCACUGGUGUGAUACAAAGGAUAACGAAAACCUUGCCAGAUUGUUACUUGAACAUCACGCGGAUGUAAAUAUUCAAGACUAUCAGGUAUAUACACCCUUACACUUGUGUGUCAUAAAGGCUAACGAAAGCCUCUGUAGAUUGUUACUUGAAUUCAACGCGGAUGUUAAUAUUCCAGAUAGAGAUGGAUAUACACCCUUGCACCAGUGUGUCAUAAAGAGUAACGAAAACCUCUGUAGAUUAUUCGUUGCACACAACGCGGAAGUGAAUCUUCAAGAUAGAAAUGGAUGUACACCCUUGCACAAGUGUGUCGAAAACGGUAACAAAACCCUCUGUAAAUUAUUAGUUGAACACAACUCGGAUGUAAAUCUUAAAGAUUUAAGUGGAUGCACACCCUUGCACUGGUGUGUCAUAAAGGGUAACGAAGACCUCUGUAAAUUAUUACUUGAACACAACGCGGAUGUAAAUAUUCAAGAUGAAAGUGGAUGUACACCCUUGCACUCGGGUGUCAGAGAAGGUAACGAAGACCUCUGUAAAUUAUUACUUGAAAAUAACGCGGAAGUAAAUAUUAAAGAUUUGAGUGGAUGCACACCCUUGCACAAGUGUGUCAUGACGGAUAACAAAAGCCUCUGUAGAUUAUUACUUGAACACAGCGCGGAUGUAAAUAUUCAAGAUAAAGGUGGACAAACACCGCUGCAUCAGUCAGUUACUAAAUCAAACCGUUACUGGUACAGAGAUUGCAGUCAGAUAAUCGAUCUGCUGAUCAAGUAUGGUGUGCAAGAUAUAGACAUCCGUGAUGCAAAAGGCAGGACGCCUCUUGAAUUGGCAGUGAGAUCUCAUAACGACCAAGCUGUUCAAAAGCUUCUUGAUUUAGGAGCUGAUUUUAGUGUGGUAAAAGCUGAUAAA